GACGACGGAUUUGUCCUUUGUGAUUUAAACAUCAUUCGUAAAAAGCUACAAGUAUGGAGGCAGCUGUUCCCACGAGUCAGACCGCUUUUUGCUCUCAAGUGCAAUCCUGAUCCGAUGGUAGCUGCGGUCUUAGGUCAAUCGGGUGUUUGCGGUUUCGACUGUGCGUCCCUGCCCGAAGUCGAAUUGGCCCUGAAGUCGGUCAGCAAUAAUCCCCGUCUUUUGGUGUAUGCAAAUCCUCAGCGUGCAGAAAAAGACUUGGAAAUGGCUUUGUCUCUGGGUGUACGGGCUCUAACCUUCGACGGACCAGAGGAGCUGCACAAAGUCCACCGCGCCUAUCAACAGCGACUGGCUGCACAGUCAAACUCACGACCUCCGCAAAUGAUUUUGCGUAUCCUAGUUCCAGACGAAAGCUCAACCGUACCAUUGGGAGAAAAGUUUGGUGCCUCUCCUGCUCGUAUAGCGUCGCUGGCGAACUUGGCUUUGACUCUUGGUUUGCGAAUCAUAGGGGUGUCUUUUCACUGUGGAUCAGGGAAUCACGAUCCUCGCGCGUAUCGAAUUGCUAUCGAGCUCGCAGCCGAAGCAAUUCAAACAAUCGAUCUUGUACAGAAAGACCACAAGGCAGCUUGUUGGUUAUUAGACAUUGGAGGAGGUUAUCCUGGCCUCGAUGGAAUGGGAGGGGACGCUGGCCGAUUCUGCGGCUCAAAAGUAAAACUAGACGAGUCGCUAGUACAAGAGGACGAAACAGAAACUACCGAGAAGGUUUCCAACAUUGUUUCACCAUUGUUGAACAAACUAUUCCCCCAUGAACAGAUACAUUUUGUCUCUGAGCCUGGGAGAUAUUUUGUAGAAGGGGCGUUCGCUUUGUGCAGUAGAAUCUACCAGGCUCAAAGCGAGUAUGCCAGCGAGAGCCGACACACCGUUGUCCGUCGUCACUACUUUAUUGCCCAGGGUGUCCAGGGCAUGUUCAAGGACUGCUUACUCUGCAACGAAGUAUUCACUCCUGUUCCUUUGUUCGUAGAUAGUUGUUGCACCGAUGUUAUCAGAAUUCCGAGUGUAAUCCAUGGUCCAUCUGGAGAAUUAUACGAUAUUAUUGCCCGUGACCACCCGUUGCCGUUCCUUGAGGCUGGAGAUUGGCUUCUUUUCGAUCGUAUGGGAGCAUAUACUUUAAGUAUUGCA